AGAACUUACUGUUGGGAAGUCAAUGUACAAAUCUCUUCCUAUAAAUAGCACAAUCCUCUCACUUUCUUCCCUAUCAAACCUAACCAAACUCAACUCGGCUCAGCUCAUUUUACAGAAUCAGUCAAUGGGGAAUUGUGCAAUAUCUCCUCAAUACAAAAAGAAAAUUGGUGGCAACAAGAGCUUGAAGAGGCCCCUCACAGGCAAGAUCAUUCAUUUGGAUGGACGGCUACAGGAAUUCAGAGAACCCAUCGAAGCCAAACACAUCCUCUCCCAGAACCCCGAUUGCUAUCUCUGCAGCUCAGAGUCUAUGUUUAUCGGCUCCCAAGUCCCUCAUCUCGGCGAAGAAGAACAGCUCCAACCGGGUCAAAUUUACUUCCUCAUGCCGCUCUCCAAGUCUCAGGCGCCGCUCACUCUCCAGGACUUGUGUUCUCUAGCCAUAAAAGCUAGCUCAGCUCUCCCUAAGUUAACCCCACAAGCGCCUUACAAAUAUCAAGUGGCUGUCACGCCUCGGCCGGCAGGUUGCUGCGAAGUUCCACUCGGUUUUCAGGUUCCGGCCAGGAGAUAACAAUCGAUGAAACCAAAGAAACGAUGUGCCUUCUGCAGGUUCUUAAAGGUGUCCCCAGCUGGAAGCUUUAAAUUUUUUUAAUGUUAAGAUUGCAGCGCGUUACGUAGAUUAAUAAAUUAAUUAAUAUUAAUUAAAUAAUAGUAUAAUUUUAAUUAGGUAUGUUUUAAAUUUUGACAUUAUUGUUGUAGCUUUUCUUAUAAAGCUAGAGGCUAAGUGUGGCUUUGAACUUUGUAAAUUGUAAGUGAAACAAAAGAAAACCUCUAUUUUUCCCAAUUAAAAAAAAAUUAUUAUAUGUUUAA